AUGUCGCAGCGGAUCAACCCGUUCCGCCGCUUCUCCUCGUUCCACGGGCGCCAGGAUGCUGGUCCAUCUCCGCCCGACGACUCCCGCCCAGCGCGCCCUCGCUCGCGACUGACGCGGGCGCGCACUUCACUCGGCUCCGUGAGCGGGCUGCUCCACGGGCGGCCAUCGAUGAGCUCGCCCGGCGGCGAGCCCGCCCAGCUGCGGGUCGUGGCCAGGGAGCAGUCUCGCGAGCGCGUCAGCCCGUUCCUCCCGCGCCUGCACGUCCCCGAGCUCGACAUGGCCGACGACUUCGACCGCCUGCUCAGCAGCACCCCGCCCGACGACCGCGACGACCCCCAGCGGCCCCGCCUGCUGCCGCCGUCCAGCCCGCGCCGCGAAGGGCGCUCCCUGUCGAUGCUGCCCGCCCAGCGCCGCCUCCGCAACAUGAUCGGGCCCUCGCGGCGCCGGCGCUCGCUGUGGCACGACGACGAGCACCUGGAGAACAUGGAGCGGCUGCGGCGGGGCGAGGACCAGGCUGACGUGCUCUCGCGCCUGCUCUCGCUUGCCGCGGCUGCCACGGCCGCGUCGCUGGUCGGCGAAGACCACCAGGCCGCCACGCGCGACGGCACCUUCGACACGUUCCUGCAGUCGCUGCAGAACGGCAGCAUCGCGUCGGCGCUGCGGGGGAACGAAGGCGCCGAGGGGGGUGAGGGCGCCGGCGGCAACGCGGCGCCGCUCAACUUCUUCCGCAUGUUCAGGUUCGGCACGUCGGUUGGCAACACAAGAGGCGACGGGUCUGAACGUCGCGGCAGUGCGUCUGCGUCAGAGGGCCAGGACGGCGACGAGGACGGCGAGGGCCGCAUGGUGCCCAUCAUCAUCGUAGGCAUCCGCUCCAUCAACCCGGGAUCUGGCGCAGGCUCAGACGACGGCAACAUCCCGCCCUUCAUCGACGCCCUGUCCAGCUUCCCCACGCCGCCCACGUCGGCGGGCGACACCAACGAGCACAUCCUCCGCCCGCCCCAGAACGGCACGCGCUUCAGCCAUCGCCGGCGGGCCUCGAUGGGCGGCUUCAACUUCCCCUCCAACUACGACAGCCAGCGCCACCACCGCGGGAAUAUGAACGAGCGCCCACGCCCGUGGUCUCCACGUACCGACUCGUCUGCAGGCCCCGUGCCUCCCCCGCCCACGCCCGCGACCAUCCUGGGCCUCUCCGCCGAAGCGUCAGGGACCACCACCCCGGCUACCUCAACGUCUCCUCCGUCACCCACCACACAGUCCACCGCCCCCUCACGGCGGAGCAGCUUUGUCCGCAGACCUGCUGGCGCCACCCUGGAACCCACUGCCGAAGAGCCCCAGACACAUCAUCGCACGCCCCGCCAGCGCCGCAUGAGCGAAUCCGACUUCACGCGGUACGGCCAUGGCGCACAGAGGCGGAAUGGCGUCGUCGAGCCCGACAACAACCCGGGUGAGGGGUCGAGGAGCUGGAUCAUCUACGUCCUGGGAGGCAGCUACCCAGAGAACCACCCCAUCCUGACUACCCCAAGUCUCUUCACAGACUCGCCCACGUACGAAGACAUGAUGCUGCUCUCGUCCAUACUCGGCCCGGCGAAACCGCCCGUUGCGAGUGAAGAAGACGUUGCAGCUGCGGCUGGGUUAUUCAUCAUCCGCACCAUCGCCGGCACACUCAUCGCGGAGGCCGUCGACGGGGAGGACACAAUCGAUCUCGCGUCUGACGCGCGCUGUCUAGUGUGCCUGUGCGAUUUCGAGGCCGAAGAAGAGGCGCGCAAACUGGUCAAAUGCGAACAUCUGUUCCACAAGAUUUGCAUUGAUCAGUGGUUGACCACAGGCCGCAACUCAUGCCCACUCUGCAGAGGUCAGGGUGUCGACGAAACACCAGCCGAUCUACGCGCCGAACCGGCAGAGGUAGUUGUGUGA